AAGGGCAGCUACACUUCUGUCCUCCUUCAGUUCACAGUUGUUUUCUUUAGGCUUCUCUUCCUUCUGGAACUCUCUGCAUGGGAGUUACUAGAAGGUCCAUCAAGUAUAAAACAAGCGGCGGUGGACUGCAGGAUUCAGAAGAUUCUACAAACUGCAUCAAGUGAGAAACAGAGAAACAACCAGUGAACACAUAUCAACUCUUCCAGCACACUCUGCAAAGAUGCCAGAGAAAGCCAACCAACCCAUGGAGGAGGAGGUGGAGACCUUUGCCUUCCAAGCAGAGAUUGCCCAGCUGAUGUCCUUGAUUAUCAAUACCUUUUAUUCUAACAAAGAGAUCUUCCUAAGGGAGCUUAUCUCCAACUCGUCAGAUGCUCUUGACAAGAUCAGAUAUGAAAGUCUGACUGAUCCUUCCAGAUUAGAGUCUUGUAAAGACCUGAAGAUUGACAUAAUCCCUGACCAAGUAGCACGUACACUGACUAUAGUAGACACUGGUAUUGGGAUGACCAAGGCUGACUUGAUCAACAACCUGGGUACGAUUGCCAAGUCAGGAACCAAGGCCUUCAUGGAAGCCCUGCAGGCUGGAGCUGACAUCUCCAUGAUUGGCCAGUUUGGUGUGGGCUUCUACUCUGCUUACCUGGUGGCAGAGAAAGUAACUGUCAUCACCAAACACAACGAUGAUGAGCAGUAUACGUGGGAAUCGGCAGCGGGCGGCUCCUUCACUGUGAGACCUGACAACAGUCAGCCUCUUGGUCGUGGGACCAAGGUUAUACUCCACCUGAAGGAAGAUCAGAUCGAGUACACAGAAGAGAAGCGUAUCAAGGAGACUGUGAAGAAACACUCACAGUUCAUUGGCUACCCAAUAACUCUUUAUGUGGAGAAGCAGCGUGAGAAGGAGGUAGAUUUGGAUGAGGGAGAGGCUGCUGAGGAAGUGAAGGACACAGCAGAAGCAGAGAAGGAUAAGCCUCAGAUCGAGGAUGUUGGCCCGGAUGAGGAUGAAGAUACAAACCAGUCAAAAAAUAAGAGGAAGAAGAAGGUAAAAGAAAAGUACAUUGAUGCACAGGAGCUAAAUAAGACUAAGCCCAUCUGGACACGCAACCCGGAUGACAUCACCAAUGAGGAAUAUGGUGAAUUUUACAAGAGCUUAACUAAUGAUUGGGAGGACCAUUUGGCUGUCAAGCACUUCUCAGUGGAGGGCCAGUUGGAGUUCCGUGCCCUUUUAUUUGUGCCUAGAAGGGCUGCCUUUGAUCUGUUUGAGAAUCGCAAGAAGAGAAACAACAUCAAGCUCUAUGUACGCAGAGUCUUCAUUAUGGACAACUGUGAAGAGCUAAUACCUGAAUAUCUCAAUUUCAUCAAAGGUGUGGUGGAUUCUGAGGACCUUCCACUGAAUAUCUCAAGAGAGAUGCUGCAACAGAGCAAGAUCUUGAAGGUCAUCCGUAAAAACCUGGUGAAGAAGUGCUUAGAGCUGUUUACUGAGCUCUCAGAGAACAAGGACAACUACAAGAAGUUCUAUGAACAGUUCUCCAAGAAUAUCAAGCUGGGCAUCCAUGAAGACUCCCAAAACCGCAAGAAGCUGUCUGAACUAUUGCAUUAUUACACAUCCAGUUCAGCUGAUGAGAUGGUAUCCCUGAAAGAGUAUGUGUCCCGUAUGAAGGAAAACCAGAAGCACAUCUACUAUAUCACAGGUGAGACCAAAGAUCAGGUGGCCAACUCUGCCUUCGUUGAACGGCUUCGUAAGGCUGGCCUUGAAGUUGUCUACAUGAUUGAGCCCAUUGAUGAGUACUGCGUCCAGCAACUUAAGGAAUAUGAUGGGAAGAAUUUAGUGUCUGUCACCAAAGAGGGCCUAGAACUACCUGAAGAUGAUGAGGAGAAGAAGAAGCAGGAGGAGCUCAAGUCCAAAUUUGAGAACCUCUGCAAGAUUAUGAAAGACAUUUUGGACAAGAAAAUUGAGAAGGUUGCAGUGUCAAAUCGUUUGGUAGCCUCACCAUGCUGCAUUGUUACUAGCACGUAUGGCUGGACUGCCAACAUGGAGAGGAUCAUGAAGUCCCAAGCCCUGCGUGAUAACUCCACCAUGGGCUACAUGACAGCUAAGAAGCAUCUGGAGGUCAACCCUGAGCACCCCAUUAUUGAGACACUCAGGCAGAAGGCUGAGGCUGACAAGAAUGAGAAAGCUGUAAAAGAUUUGGUGAUCCUGCUCUUCGAGACUGCCCUGCUGUCAUCUGGGUUCACACUGGAUGACCCACAGACCCAUGCAAACCGUAUCUACAGAAUGAUCAAACUGGGCCUGGGAAUAGAUGAAGAGGAUACACAUAUUGAAGAUGUCAGUCAGCCCAGUGAUGAGGACAUGCCUGUCCUGGAGGGUGACGAUGACACUUCCCGAAUGGAAGAAGUCGAUUAAGUAGCUGGCAAUGAAAGGCAAAGCAUGAUCCUUAAAUAAAUGUGAUUUAUUUUUCAGAUAUUUUAAAAGAUAUAAAUAUUACUUGUCUUAUCAGAAAAAUUAAAUGUAGAAUUCGCACAAUGCAUACAUACUUGAACGAAUGAAAGCAUACGUAUGUCUUUUUGGAGAUUAUGAAGUUCUACAGCUAUAUUUUUGCAUUCUUCGAUUCUUUUUCUUUUUUAAAUUAUGGAAUGGUUAUGAUUUACAAUAAAAUAAUGAUUAAGCCAAA